AUGCCUAGAGAUAGCCUAGUAAACCGGGCAAAAAGAUUUGUAGCGACGUUUUCAUGCAAACUGUCAUAUGAGGAGCUUCUUCAAUGGGCCACUCAAAUGAAAUCAGAAGACAUUAACCACAGAACUUCAGGAGAGCAAAAGCUAUAUACUGUUUGGAGAGAGACUUAUCCCAAUGAUACGAGUCCACCAGCACACAUGUGGGAUCUCUUAAAACGUGGAUUAGAUUUAUAUAAGCACGUAGAAUUAAACGCGCAUGACGAACGUCUCGUAGAUUUCAUAAAUAUUUGUUAUGACAUUGAAAAGUUUAGAGAACAAUGGCAACCUCGACAAGUCUCAACGUCGUCUGUUCGUCCUUCUAGACGGGUUAAGCCUAUUAGUCUGGGCAAGAGAAUUCAAGAUCUCACUUUGCCAAAUACAGUUUUGCAGACUAAUUGCCCUAACGAGGAAUUAAAUUUCUUCAAAAAAAUUGCUGAAAAUAAAAUGGCCAAAUUCAGUCUUAAUUUAUGGGUUAAAAAUGUGUUUAGUGCCAUUCCUAAACAUCAGCAUUUCGCUCACUUAUACUUAAUUUUGACGUGGAAUGAGGCAUAUACCAGACACACAGAUCAUAAUGGGUUUAUACAUCUAUUGAAUGGCAUGAGGCAUUAUGUUAAAGAAGUUCCCAAACCUUACGGCAUUAAAAUCAAAACUUUAAUAAAAAUAUUACGUAAAUUGGAAGAGAUUCAAUAUUAUUUUGUAUAA